AUGUAUUCGUCAUCAUACACAAUAAAAUUAAAAAUAACUUAUUUAAUCAAAUUUCAUUCUUAUUCUUAUUCGUUAUCAACCAUUAAUUAUAAUCAAAUUGGUACAACCAUUGUCUAUAAAAAAAUUGUUCUUUUAUCAUCAUCGAAUGUUGUUAUAGUAGAAUUAGCCUCAUCAUCAUCUAAAUUUCAAUAUCGUCAAAUUCUAGAACAAUUAUUAUUUUCAUCAGCAAUCAGUCUGGAUUCGGAUACGACAUUUAUUUAUAGAGUCAGUGAAUAUCUGCUCAAAGUAUAUCCGGUGAUUAUGUUAAUAUUAGGUGUAUUUGGUAAUGCACUAUCAUUUUGUGUACUCAUUCGACAAUCUAUGCGUCGUUAUUCAACAUUUUGUUAUCUUGCUUGUUUAGCACUUGUUGAUAUUGGUGUGAUAUUAACGUUUUGUAUUAAUUUUAUUCUAUUAUAUCAUUUAAAAUAUGAUAUGCAAGAAAAAGCAUUUGCUUGUAAAUUAUUUGCUUUUUGUACAUAUUUUUUACCACAAUAUUCAUCAUGGUUACUAGUAGCUGUGAGUUUUGAUCGUGUUAUAUCAGCAAAAUAUUUAAAAUUAGCUAAAACAUGGACAAGACCAAAACAAUCAUUAGUUAUUAUGAUUGCUCUCGGUCUAAUAUUAGCAUUAAUAAAUAUACACUUUUUCUUUUAUAAAAAUUAUUCAAUACAAUUGCCAACAAAAAUUAUUACUACAACACUAUCAAAUAUAAAUGGAAACCGAUCAGUUAGUUAUGAACCACAGCUUGCCCAUUUUUCUGAUGAUCAAACAUCAUUUUCAUAUGAUUCAUUAUCAUUUACCGAAGCUGUUCCUGAUACUGGUCAAUUGAAAUCAUAUUAUGCUGAUACAACUAUGGCAUCCGUCCUACCAAUAAAAUCAUCACCUAAUAUUAUUGUUAUCGAUGAUACAUUUAAAAUACCUGAUGUAAAUAUCAUUCAUUGUUCAUUAGAAAAUGAUCCACGUUUAGAAUGGUUAUAUCCAUAUUGGGCAUGGAUUGAUCUACUUAUGAAUGUUAUUAUACCAUUUACAGGUAUAAAUAUUUGCUUUGAACUCUAUCGUGAUAUAUCAAAUCCAUUACUUUAA